AUGGCUCGAUGCCGCCGUUCGGCGCGCAUUGCCUCGGCUUCUAAGAGAAGCAGAGACUCUCCUGCGCCACAACUGACCUCUGUUGCCGAAUUCAAUGAGCCAGAUGAGCUCGGCAAUGAGACCCCUACUCGCGUCACCCGCACCGGUGGCGACGGCCACAGCAAGAAGAAAAGGCGCUCUAGCAGUAGAACCAUGUCUUCACCCAUGCCUAACCCGGCCACGCCCUCGACCUCGAUGCCGCUGAAGCUCGCCAUGUCCGAGAUGCACCCCAGCAAAGUCCAUCCCACCAUGGCUCCUCCUUCAUCUGGUUUGAGAAAUGGCUUCACCGACAUCGACUACAGCCAGACUCCCACGCAAACCAUGAUCCAGAACACCCCUUCAAAGACGCCAGCAGCCCCAACAUCCGACUUCACAUUCCGAUCUGUUCGGCCUGGUGCUGACCAGGAGCUUGGUCCGGAAGCCCGAGAAAUGAUAGCCUCUCUCCAACCAGAGACUGCCACGAUCAAGGCUCAACUUGUUGCUGAACGUGCUCGCGAGCGGGCCGAACAGCGAGAAGCUGAGGGUCGCAGGAUCGCAACCGCCAGGGGAAAAUCCGGCCGGUUUAGUGCUGCUCACAUGGCUGAAUUCAAGAAGAUGGACUCUAUCGAAGGACAUGCCUCAUCAUUCCGUGCUGCUCCAGGCCGGUUUACACCCGUCAAGGGAUGCGCUUCUGCCACCAAGCCAACAACUCCCCUUAAACAGGGUAUCAAACGCAGCCAAUCCAAAGCUAAUCUGGACGAGCCUGAUUCGGCCCGCCCCAAGAGCACACCGCGUCCUCUACCCAGAUACGUAGAGAAGGAUCGUACUGCAUCUCAGCACCCUUCAAAACGUAUUCGGCAACGCAUCGAGGAUGAUGCCUCUACCCUGCGUCCCGUAUCUAGAGAUGGAACCUCGAUCCCGCGGCCCAAGAGCAGCGGCAACGAUUCUCUGCGUAGUGGCAUUCCCCGUUCACAGACGCUUGGCAGCCUAAUGACUCCAACAAAGUCAUCAUUGGCCCGUCUCACCUCGUUAAAGACACCUACCGUCAGUCUUAUCAGAUCACCCAGUCAGCCAGACUUGGAGAAGGUCAAUAGCUUUUCCGCGAAAGUCGGUACUUCCUUAAUCAGGUCCCCUAGCAAGAUUGACCUGGCAUCACUGGCCCGAUCACCUAGUAAGAAGGGUUUUGGAGGUUUGAAGAUGUUCAGUACGGCAAAUGAUACAGGCGCCGAAAACAGCAAGAUUCCUGCACAGGUCGAGACCCCUGGCCGGUUCGGCAAACUCAGAUCUAUUUUGAAACGCCAACCAAGUGGAGCGAAAACCAAGUCAGCCAUUCCUGCACCCUCUACUUCCAUCAAGACGCCCACCAGACCCAAUGUAACGGAUAAGAUAUUCCCUUCUGUCCCUCUCACAACCCCGGGGCGAAAGCAUGGUCGCCAUGUCGACUUCACACCGGAUACAAAGCAAGCUGCGCUCGCCCAGGAAUCUCCAUCACCUAUCAAGCCCAGUCUCCCACUAUCCACGACGCUCUUGAAGAUCGCGCCCCCCAGAUUCGUUGCUGGCGGCAAAGGAGCUGUCAACAAACAACCUCAAUCUACCGCGGGCGAGGUCAAGUACCCUGAUCUCUCAGCUUACGGAGCUGAUGACGAGGACAACAGACCCCAACCUCCUCUCCAGGAAUCUUCUGUUCCAGGCACCUUUACUUUCCGAAGUGAUCACACCAUUUGCCUUGAUAAUACCCCGUCGUCGAAGGGAUUCGGUUCAGCGGCUGGUCAGGCGAGCCUUCGUCAGGUUCGGAAAUCGACGGCUCCUUCGAUCCCUAUGCCCGGCGCUUUUCCUUCCACCUCGCCAAAUAAGGAGAAUAGUGAUCCCCUUAUUAUGAGACGUAGGAGUAUUCCUCAUGGAAUGAGCAAUAAGAAGCGCCAUAGAGCCGAUUCAGACGAUGAGGAUGAGGCAGACGAAGGAGACAAGAGAGGACGCAAGAAACUGCGGAAGAAUACGCCUGAAGGGCAUGCUCUGGUGGCUCCGAAUUUGGGAGCUCAGAAAAUGGUUGCCAAAGAAUCACCUGUGAAGAAGGCUGUGGCCGGUAACGCGACGCCGAGUCCGCAGAAGAAGAAGAAAACGGGAGGGUUGAGUCUGAGUCGGUUGAAUAUGCUUGCGCAACCUAAGAUUCGGAGAUAG